UAGCACGCUAUUCCUUUUCGGGAAGGAGUUUGUACCUGUAGGCUGUAGCACCACUGGGCGGCAACGGUAACGGGCGGCAGAAUCAGAGUUCAGAAGAAAGAGAGAUGGGAUUCAUCGGAGAAACCAUGGAUUCCCUCAAAUCCCUCCAGAUCCGUCAAGUCCUCACCCAGGCCAUCAGCCUUGGCAUGAUUGUCACAUCUGCUCUAAUAAUAUGGAAGGCGUUGAUGUGCGUUACUGGCAGUGAAUCUCCUGUUGUUGUUGUUCUUUCUGGAAGCAUGGAGCCUGGUUUUAAACGGGGGGACAUAUUGUUCUUGCACAUGGGUAAAGAUCCUAUUCGUGCAGGGGAGAUUGUUGUUUUCAAUGUUGACGGCCGUGAAAUUCCGAUUGUCCAUCGUGUAAUCAAGGUUCAUGAACGGCAAGAUACUGGUGAAGUUGACAUUCUCACAAAAGGGGAUAACAAUUAUGGGGACGAUAGACUUUUGUAUGCUCAAGGUCAGCUCUGGCUUCAGCGGCAACACAUUAUGGGCAGGGCUGUUGGGUUCUUGCCUUAUGUUGGCUGGGUGACAAUCAUCAUGACUGAAAAACCAAUCAUAAAGUAUAUUCUUAUUGGUGCAUUGGGGUUGCUUGUCAUAACUUCAAAGGACUAGAGAUUUUCUACUCUUUCGAUGACGGGAUUGUGACAGAACUUGAUGUCGCUAAAUGUGCGUGAUGCACAGCUCCUAUCGAUGAUGACUGUGUGGAUGUACAAAUUUUUGUGCUGGUUUACUCGUCAACAGUCGAACAGCGCAUAACAAGUAUAAUCUUAUUGACCUUUCUUGUAAUGAAGUCUGGUCAUGUAUCGUCGAGACAUGAAAGAAAUAUUUGAUGAUUAUACCCAUUUGAUCAUGGGUAUGGAUAGACAAGACAGCUUUUGAAUCAACUAAUGCAAUUCUGGACUUCGAGUCUUCACUAGAAGAACCAGUCAGUAAGCUUGAUAUGUUCCUGUUCAUCACUUUAUAUGAUAUUUGGUAGCUGAAAUUAAUUAGAAAACUUGUACUUAUCGGACCUUCAUUGCGAAUUUGCUUUCUGAUUAUUCCAGGCUUAUGUAUUUCUGCAGCUUUUGCCUCGAA